AUGUCUGUAGUUGUUAUUUACGGGAUGUUGGAAGAGAUUUCUUUGUCGCUGAAUUCUGCUGGUGUUAAAGAUGGUGAAGAUGGGAGAACAUAUGCAGUAACAAUGUAUUUCGUAGGUGCUUCUUUUGUAGCCUUCGUGCUUGAACGCAAGUGGAAGGGUCUGUCUAGAUCUUCAAACUCACUGUUGAUUCGGUCGAUGUCUAGGUGUUUUUGCUGUGUAGAUAAAGGGAAAAAGUCAGAUGGCCGGUUCAGUUUCAUAUGUGUGGACACUGUUGAUGAGGUGAUAUUAUGUGUUAGAGGAAGAGAAGAAGAGUACCUGUUGUUGGAGUUUAAUCAGUUCAUUAGCUGUCAUGGUGAGAAGAUUUUCAGGUUCCUUUGCUUCAAUUAG